GUAACUUGUUAUCUUCAUUAUUUAAAAGUACAUGUAGUAUUGAACUGUGAGUUAAAGGGAAAAAUUGAUAAUCUAAUUUUCUUUUUCAACAAAACAAGAAUUAAAAACUGUUUAGGUAAACUUUGGAAUUGGUUUAAGGGAAAUCAUGUCUGUACCAGGUAAAAAAGCCACCAAGCCAUUUUCUUCUUCACCAACUUCUAUUGGUUCUGAUGAAGAUCUAAAACUAUACUGUCAGCCAUGUGAUCGAGAUGGACCUAGACUUCCUGCCCAUGGCUAUUGUACAAACUGUUCAGAGCAUUUGUGUAAAACAUGUUUUACAUUACACAGAAGACACACAUUGUCAAGACACCAUACUUUACUAGACAAAACCAACAUGCCUCAGACUCUGUCACAUACAACACCAAGACAACCAGAUAACUUCACAAAACCAUGUCCUAAACACAACAUUGAGAUGAUCAAGUUUUACUGCAAAGAUCAUAAGGCUCUACUUUGCAGUGUCUGUGUUACACUUGAGCAUACAGUAACAUCUUGCAAUGUCAACUAUAUACCUGACAUUUCAGGCAAGACCAUCGAUAGCACAGAAUAUCAAGAUGUAUUGAAAGAUUUGAACGACAUGACUGAGAGAUCAAGCAAAAUACUUCAAGACAUGAAGAAAAUGAAUGACUUAUCAAACAAGUCUUUGACAGAAGCAUUGACAGGCAUACUGAAAUUCCGAAAAGAAAUUAACCAAAGACUAGAUGAAUUGGAAAGACAAGUCAAAAAGGCUGCAAAAGUCAUCCAAGAGGACAAUAGCAAGAAUCUGAAGACUGUAGAAACAGCAUGUGGAGAUGUAUUUAAAUCAUUAAAGUCAUCCUCUGAUGUCAUUAAACAUCUCAACACUUCCAAACAAGCCAAUGAUUUGUUCAUGGAACUAAAACAUGCAGAACAGAUGAUAAAAGAAUAUGAACAGAGUGUUUCUAAGCUCUCAGAAUUUGAAGUCAAAGAAUAUAAUUUUGAACCAAAUGAGGUAAUAUCAAAUCUUCUCGAAAAAGCAAAGUCACUGGGAACACUGAAAUGUAGAAAAUUAUCUCCUGGUUUGAAGUACAGACGAUGUUCACAAAUGGAUAAAAUCUGUAUCGAAACAUCACAAGAUAGACAUAAUUGCUAUAUAACAGGAAUGACUCUCCUUACUCCUGAUCUUCUUAUCAUCACUGAUUAUGUAAACAGGGCCAUAAAAUAGUAGAAAUCAGUAGAAAGUCUGUACUAGUUCAGCAAUACAGUGAUAGUGAACCUUGGGAUGUCACAUUAGUUUCUAAAAAUGAAGUUGCUGUCACAUUGCCAAAAAAACAAACAAUUUGGUUCUUUUCUGUCUCUAGAAAUAAUCUCAGGCAUAAGCACACUCUACAGGUUGACGGAAAAUGUUAUGGUAUUAGCUGUCAUAAAGAUAAAAUGGUGGUGUCAUAUCGCAAUCCAGGUAAAGUUCAAAUACUUCUUAUCAAUGGCACUGUUUUACAGACAAUACAAGAUGAAAAUAGUUUUAUUAUUCCAGACUAUAUUACCACAAGUGACAAUUGUAUCUUUGUAUCUGAUUAUGAAAUGAAAACAGUUAUCAAGUUAAGCUGGCAGUGUGAGGUGACAGGUAAAUAUGUUUGUGCAGAUGUUUCACGUGGUUUGAUUAUGUCAGAUGAUGGGACUGUUUUUGUUUGUAAUAGUAACAAUACCAUAGAAGAGAUAUCAGAAGAUUGUAGUGAAGGACAAGUUGUUGUAAAGGAGAUUGAAAGGCCUCAAGCUGUCUAUUGGUCUGCUGGAACAUGUACGUUGUUCACAAGCAGCUGUUCCUUUCUUUCAGAUGAACAAAAUGUUAUCAACAUCUACAAAUUGUCUAAAAAAUGACAAAAAAAUUCUCUACAAGGACAAAUAAAAUAUUAACAAAUAUAUAACUAUUAACUUUUGUAUAGACUAGAAGGUACUAACUGUUGCUAUUUAAACUUAUUGUCAAACUUCAAACACUUGCUAUUAGAUUAUAAACAAUUUAGAACAUCUUGAAAUGUUGUUAAGAAAAAAAAUGAGUUCAACUCAUAUAUGUUUAUAUAAUUUUUAAUGUUCAUUCACCUUCAAGAAAGUUCUUUUCAUGUUCAUUCUAGAAUAUUAUUUCUCUAAGUAGUUUAGUAUUCUAGAUAAGUCUUUGAUAGUAUAUAUAUAUAUAUAUUAUGAAUGUUUGUACUUCGGCGAGUGUGUUAAUUUCUGACAUUGUGUGAUGCUGAUAUACUGAUUAUGUGCUUUUUUGAAGCUAACAUAAGAAUAUAUUAGUUUGGAUUCUGCAAUUGUUUUGGAUAUUCUGCUGUGGACAUUGGACAUUGAUUAAAUCUGAGUUGUGGACAAUUGAAUUUCGAACUGUGAGUUAAACUUUAGGACAUUUGUUAAAUUCGAGGUCUUGGAUAAUAGUGAGUUAAACUUUAUUUUCUUAUUUUUUUAUAUUAUUGUGAGUUACUUGUUUUUCUUUAAUUAAAAAUUGUAAAAUUU